UUUCGCUCUUUACAUAAAGUAAACUUCUUUGUUAUUGUUAGAUGCUGCUUUACAAAAAUACAAAAACAGUACUUUGAGAAACGAAACGUACACUAUUUCAAGAGAAUUUAUUCCCUUGCACCUUAUGUUCAGAAUAAACAAUUUUACAGUACAUAGAAAUAUUUGGUCUUAAUUGCAUUUGCACAGAUAAUUAAACUUAACCUAUACAUACAAAAAGGUUUCAUAAACAAAACAAUUACACGUAGCUUAUCAUUGUUCCACUGUUCACGCGUCUUACUAGUCUCGUUAUUAGCCGCGUAUCGUGUUAUUAAUAAUCAUCCUAUUCAUUAUAAAAAUGAGGUAUAAUGAAUUUGGCACAACAGGCAUUAAAACAUCGCAUAUUAGUCUUGGAGGAGCUGCGUUCAGUAAUAUUUAUGGAGCAUUCGAUGAAGAAAGAGGUUUAAAUUUAAUUAGAGAAGCCUUCAAAUGCGGCGUGAAUUACAUCGAGACAGGGCCUUGGUACGGGCAGGGGAGCUCCGAGCGAACUGUCGGGAAGGCCCUGAUUGGGGUCCCCAGGGAGUCAUACUUCAUCGGCAGCAAGGUCGGAAGGUACGAGCUGGUUACAGAGAGAAUGUUCGAUUUCUCAGCCGAGAAGACUGCGGCCGGGGUAGACAGCACUCUAGCCCGUCUCGGACUAGAUUACGUGGACAUAAUACAGGUCCAUGAUUUCACUUUCGCCCCAGACCUGUCCGUAGUCCUCAAGGAGACAUUACCAACACUGCAGAAGGCAGUGGAUGACGGGAAGGCGAGGUACAUAGGCCUCGCAGAUUACGACAUAGAUCUCAUAGCCGAAGUUGUCGAAGAGUCUGAGGUGAAAAUAUCAUCAGUCCUGUCUUACGCCAAGUCCACGCUUAUCGAUAACCGACUGCAGAACUAUACGAAGUAUUUUAAGAGUAAAGGUGUAGGUGUGGCCAACGCAGCGGCUACUGGCAUGGGUCUGCUCUGCAACCACGGACCGCAGUCCUGGCAUCCAGCCAGUGACGACAUCAAAGCCAAAUGCAAGAAGGCUUCCGAUUAUUGUAAAGAACAAAACGUCGAGUUAGCUCGCUUAGCGACCUGGUUCACGCUUAAUCAGCCCGGCAUUGACACAAAUAUAUGCGGUUUCUUUAAUGUUGACCAACUUAAAGACACCGUCGAGUUGCUGGAUAACGGACUGACAGAGCACGAGCAACGAGUGCUUGAUGAUGUUCAAUUAAGAUUUUUCGACAACGUUACUUUACACUGGGACAAUGUGGAGCUGCCCAAAUAUAAAAACGAAUUGAAUGAAGCGAAAGACAAGUAACUUGUUUGAUUUUUACAUUGUAUGAAAGCACAAUUUUUUAUCACUUUUAUAUUCAAGUGUUAUACAAACUUUUUUAAUGUAAAGGAAAAAAAUAAAAGACAAAAUCAC